AGCUGUCAACGACGCAGACAAUGGUGCCGAGGUACCGGAAACAGCAACAAAUGCAACAAACCAUAAUGUACCCCUAAACAACAUGGGACAUUUAACAAAUGUGUACGCGCUGGUACACAGAACCAUGGAGGGUGAGCCAGAGCAUUCUGCUGUGGAGACCGACGAUGAGGCAACAACACAGCAGUCGGUUGGAGACGGUGUUGUCAACGUUGGUGAUCCAUACGCCGUACCACACAAGGCACCUCAACGCCAACCUGCUGUAGGUGGUGUUGUAAACGCCGAUGAUCUAUACGCCGUACCAGACAAGACUCCUAAACAUCAUCCUGCUGUAGACGGUGUUGUAAACGUUGCCGAUCUGUAUGCUGUACCAAACAAGUCCGGAAACACGGAGGAAAUAUGCAAAUUAUGUUUGACGUAUGGAGUAUGGGCUGUGAGGAAAAUGCCUCUGAUCAACAGGAAGAAGAUGCGUGACCCAGCUGCCUACUGCAACUUGGAUGUCAUCAGAAGCCUUAUCCUGAGUUUUGAUGGCAACGUGGAACAUGUUUCAGUCCCAUAG